AGAGAGAGAGAGAGAGAUCGUCGGAGAUGAUGCGCGCGACGGGAGGUCCGCUCCUCUGCAUCGGAGAUCUGCUCAGCGACGUCGGAGAAGACGUCGCUCCGCCGGAGCCUCUUCCGCCGUCUCCGCCGCCGGCGCUCUCCGAGCUCGGAUCAAGCACCGCCGCCUCUCGGCCCUCGGACCUCCCCAAGCUCUUCCAGGAAAACUAUGAUAAUUUGAAUGAGGCGCUUGCAAGAGGAGACCACUCAUGGACUGCGCUAACAUUAAAGCUGUGCAGUUCUCUGGAAGUGGCUAAUAAGUUGGUCCAAUCAACCCACGGGAGUGCCAGACUGCUGUUAGAAAAGGUUGAAGAGCUCGAGAAAAUUGUUAAAAGGGGAGAUUCGGCUGUGGCAUCGGUGAAGGCUAUCACCAUAUCUUCAGUUGGUGAUGGAAGGCCUUCUGUUGGCAGGGAACAUGUCAAGUGAUCCUGCGUAUGUGGGAGCAACUUCGGUAAGUUUCCCCAGAUUCCUCGGCCGUACGAGUGUGGAAUUUCAUCCUACUAUCUCCUUGGAGUCCUGGAAUGGAUUUGAUUUCAUACCCAAGGUUUAGGACUCCCGAUGAACUUUCCUGUAAGAACACUUCCAAUCACCUAAAACACUGCUCAGAAUAUAAAGAAAUUAUUUUAUAUUUCAA